AUGGAUUCAUGGAUACCAUUGGUUAUACCUUCGUUUAUUUUUUCUUUUAAUAUUCAAUUUCUGGCGCCAUUGAAUUUUUCGCGUUUGUUUUGGUUAAAAUUAUUUUAUUGUGAUAUGAUGGCUUCUGCAGAUAUGACAGUAAAUAAAUUAGAAAGCUAUAUUGAACUAUAUCAUCAAGAAAUAUUCGAGGCCAUAAACAUAGGUGAUAUUAAACGACUUAAAGAUAUACUUGAUGAAUUGGAUCGUCAUAAACCACCAACGAUCAAGAAAGAGGUGCUCAAUAUGGGUUAUCGAAAAGUAGGUGAUUUAACAGCAUUAAGUGUAGCAAUUGAAAAAGAACAUAAACUUAUCACUGAAACAUUAGCUAAAUGUCACGAAGUCGAUGUGAACAAAGCAUCGUUAUUAGGUAUUACACCACUAUUAUUAGUUGCCGAAGUUGGUUGGCUGGAUAUACUUAAUAUUUUAUUACAACGUGGUGCUCUUGUUGAUGCAGCACCAUUUGGUAAACUAGCUGAAUAUAAUAAAAUAGCUGGUCUAACACCAUUAAUUAGCGCAACGAAAUAUAAUCAUCCUGAAUGUGUUAAAUGUUUAUUAGCACAUCAUGCUAAUCCAAAUCAUCAAAAUCAUUCGGGUAUAUCAGCAUUAAUGCUUGCAGCUGAGCAAGGUUAUUUUGAAUGUGUUAAAUUACUUAUACAAGCUGAAGCUUAUCUAGAAUUAGCACCAAGUGGUUUAGUAGCAUUAAGAUUGAAUUUAUAUGGUCAAACACCAUUAUUUUGUGCAGCUAAAGGAGGUCGUACAGAUAUCGUUAAAUGUUUAUUAGUUUGUGGAGCUAAUCCACGUGUUCAAACUAAUAAUGGUGUUAGUGCUUUAUGGAUUUCAUCACAAAAAGGUUUUUUAGAAGUUGUUGAAUUAUUAUUAAAUGCUGGUGCUGAAACACAUGUUGCUCCAUUUGGUUAUCGAGCUGAUAAAUUAACAAUAACUGGUUGGACACCACUUUAUGCAGCAAUGAAAUCACAAAAAUUUGAUGUUGUUAAAUUACUUCUUAAACAUGGUGCUAAUCCAAAUGCUGUAACAAAAUUUUGUUUGACACCAUUUUUACUUGCAUGUAAAAUAUGUGAUUUAGAUAUAAUUGAAGCAUGUAUUGUAGCUGGUGCUGAUAUUAAUUUUACAUUAAGUGGUUCAAAUGCUAAUGAUUUAAAUAUUACUGGUGAAACAGCAUUAUUUAUAGCUACAUUAAAAGAUCGUAUUGAUGUUGUGAAAUUUUUAAUUGAAAAAGGAGCACAAGUCAAUAUACAAAAUCAUUGUGGUGUAUCACCAUUACAUCUCUGUGCUAAAUCGGGUAAUCAAGAACUUGUUCAAAUGCUUAUUCAAGCUGGUGCUAAUGUUAAUAUCGCACCACAAGGAAAAAUACCUAUAGAAACUUUACUUGCUGUUGAGACACCUCUUAUUGCUGCAGCUAAAAAAGGUCAUGUCGAAAUUUGUGAAUAUCUUAUUCAAAAUGGUGCCGAUGUUAAUGCUGUAACAAUGACUGGCGUUACACCAUUGUAUACAACAACUGAAGAAGGUCAUUUAGAUGUUGUUAUUUUGUUGAUACGUCAUGGUGCUGAUAUAAAUCAAUCACCAAAAGGACAUGUUGCACGUGAUCUUCAUAUUGAAAAUCAAACACCUUUAUUAAUAGCAUAUAUAAAUGUAACAUCUGAACGUGGUUCAUCACCAUUUCUUACUAUUUGUCAACAUAAUAAUGUUGAAUUAGCAAGAUUAUUUAUUCAACAUGGGGCACGACACGAUAUUGAAGUAAAAAAUGUAUUUAAUAGAAAAAUUAAUGGUUUAAUUGUUGCUGUUGAAUCGAGUUCAAUAGAUAUUAUACGUUUAUUAAUUGAAGCCGGUUUAGAUGUUAAUUACAAGAUAGAAGGAGAAGAUGAAACAGCUGGUCGUACACCUUUAUUUUGUGCAUGUGUGAAAGGCUUACAAGAUAUUGUUAAAUAUUUAAUUGAACAAGGAGCUGAUGUCAAUGGAACAGAGAACAGUGGUCAGUCAUGUUUACACAUUGCAGCAGCUAUGGGUCAUGCUGUUAUAGUUCAAAUCCUAUGUGAACAUGGUGCAAAUGUUAAUCAACUAUUUCAUUUGGAAGGAAAAGAUGUAACUGCAUAUGAUUUAGCCGAAUCUUUGCAGCAUGAUCAUGUAUGUCAAGUACUCAAAAGUUUUAAUGCAAGACAAUCACCUCAUUGUGAAUUAUCAAGCAAUCCAGAAACUAACUAA